CCUUCGCUUCCCUCCAAAACGACAAUACUCUCUCCUUCUUCUUCUUGAGCUUUCUUUUCGCACAACACAUCGCUAGUCAGCCAAGAUGAUGAACCCUUAUGAUUUCACGUGGAUCUUUGGCGUUGGUAUGGUCGUCGCCUUCACUGACGCUUACGGUAUCGGUGCUAACGACGUCGCAAACUCGUUCGCCAGUUCCAUCUCGUCCGGUUCCUUGUCGCUCGUGCAGGCUGUUAUCAUUGCCUGUUUCACUGAGUUCUUGGGUGCUUUGUUGCUUGGUUCCGGUGUCACCUCCACUAUCAAGGACGGUAUCAUUGAUAUUACAUUGUUCGAUGGCACUCCCGAGAUGCUUAUGAUGGGCAUGAUGUGUGCCUUGAUUGGUUCUUCUACUUGGGUGUUGACUGCUACGCGAUUCGGCUGGCCCGUUAGUACUACUCACUCGAUCAUUGGCGCUGUCUGCGGUUUCGGUAUUGCUGGUUAUGGUGGCGGUGCUGUCGACUGGACCUGGAACGGUAUCAUCCAGAUUGUUGUUUCAUGGUUCUUGUCGCCCUGCCUUGCUGGCGUCGUUGCUGCCAUCAUCUAUCUUAUCACCAAGUACGCCGUGCUCCGCCAGGUUGACAGUGUCAAGUGGGGCCUUCGCCUUGUACCUGUUUAUUUCUUUGUCACCGUCACCAUUGCUGUCUUUUACAUUUGCUUCAAGGCUCCCGGUGCCAAGGAAGCUGGUCUUGAAAUUAGCCACAUUGUUGGCAUUGCUUUCGGUUGCGGUGGUGCCAUUGGUAUCUACAUGGCUGUCUUCCUCUGCCCAUGGCUCAAGCGCGUUGUUAUCGACCGUGAAGACGUCAAGUGGUACCACAUCCCUGUCAUCUGGUGGGUCCCCAAGCAACGCUCCAUUGAAGAAGGUCUCGAAGCUGCUCGCAAGGAGCUCGAAGAAGCUGAAGCCAACGCUCAGCUGCCCAAGGCUGACGACGAAGAGAAGGUCGCUGGAGACCAUGUCUCUGACAAGCUCGCUACCACCGAAGAUGUGCACGUCGAAUCUUCCUCUGCCGCCGAACAAGCACCACCAAAAACACUCCGUGAGCGUUUCCAUGAAAUCAAAGAACGUGUCUUGGCUGUCGUGCUGCACGGUCUUCGCCAGGAUGUUCGCAACUUGAACAACGAUAAGCUCAAGAAGAUGCACGAAGCCGCUGAAAUUUACGACGACGACGUCGAGUUUAUGUUCUCGUACUUGCAGAUUCUUACCGCCAUUGUUGCCUCGUUCGCUCACGGUUCCAACGAUGUCUCGAACGCUAUUGGCCCAUUGGCCACCAUCUUUGAAAUUUGGCAAACCGGCGCGGUUGCUGAAGAAGCCAGCGUUCCUGUUUGGAUUCUCGUCUAUGGUGGUGCUGCUAUCGACAUUGGUCUUGCCACCAUGGGUUACCGUUUGAUGCGUGCCAUGGGUAACAACAUUACUCGCUUGACACCAAGCCGUGGUUUCGCUGCUGAACUGGGUGCUGCUUUGACUGUCCUUACCGCUUCUCAGCUGGAAUUGCCGGUCUCGACCACCCACUGCAUCGUUGGCGCUACUGUCGGUGUCGGUCUCUGCAAUGGUAACCUUCGUGCUGUCAACUGGAAGAUGCUUGCCCUUACCAUGCUUGGCUGGGUUUGCACCUUGCCAGCCGCUGGUCUCGUGUCCGGUCUUAUCUACGCAUUCUGCGCUUAUGGUCCUUCCUUUGUUUACCUUCGAUAAAAGUCAUCCAUUACAACCUUCUUUCCGACUUCUUGCAAUCUUUUUUUCUGUAAUUUAUAAUAAUUAUUCAUCUUUAUAUUUCUCAUAUGUACAUACUUGGCCGCUGUUGUAGUAAGACAAAGCAGGCAUCCAAAAAUAUAUCAUUCAUUUUUGCAUUUUUACUGACAAAUCAUAAAAUCCAUUUUACUAUCAG